AUGCCGCCAUUUCUGAGCGGGCGUUUCUGGCGCGCGGUGUUCACGCGGACCCGCGGCGAAAGGCUCUGGGCAGGGCACCGCCGGGCCUCGGGCGGUCCGGGUUGCAGGUGGGACGCUCUCGCCGGAGCGGACGUGUUGCGAGCCGAGCCGGACAGAUUCGGGGGCAUCUCGGUGCAUCUGGAGCGGUUUCGCGCACUGGACCGCCUGGACGCCGCCUCUUUCCAGAAGGUCUUGCAGGCUGCAAUACAGCAAUGGAGGUCAGAAGGUAGGAUAGCGGUAUGGCUGCACAUUCCCAUCCUCCAAAGCCAAUAUAUUGCCCCUGCUGCUUCCCUGGGUUUCUGCUUUCACCAUGCAGAGUCGGAUUCAUCCACACUGACACUGUGGCUGGGAGAAGGACCCAGCAGAUUACCAGGAUAUGCGACACAUCAAGUAGGAGUUGCAGGAGCUGUAUUUGAUGAAAAUACUAGAAAAAUAUUAGUUGUACAAGAUCGAAAUAAAUUGAAAAAUAUGUGGAAGUUCCCAGGAGGCCUGUCAGAGCCUGGAGAAGAUAUCGGAGACACAGCAGUUCGAGAAGUUUUUGAAGAGACUGGUAUAAAAUCAGAAUUCAGGUCCCUUCUGAGCAUUCGGCAACAGCACACCAAUCCCGGAGCUUUUGGGAAGUCAGAUAUGUAUAUCAUCUGUCGCUUAAAGCCAUAUUCAUUCACCAUAAAUUUUUGCCAGCGUGAAUGCUUAAGGUGUGAGUGGAUGGAUCUCCAUGACCUGGUCAAGACUGAAAACACAACUCCCAUCACCAGCAGAGUUGCUAGGCUGCUUCUCUACGGGUACAGAGAAGGGUUUGACAAGAUUGAUUUCACCGUGGAAGAACUUCCAGCAGUUUACACAGGCUUGUUCUAUAAACUGUAUCAUAAGGAACUGCCAGAGAAUUAUAGAACUAUGAUAGGAAUGGAUUAA